AUGAAGGCGACAUCUCAUCUCACGUCUGUGCUGGCCGCCACGGGUUUUUUGCAAUCCGGUGUCCAAGCCGUCCAGCCUCUCGUUGACGUCGGGUACGCCAAGUUUCAGGGAGCCGUGACGAACAAGGCGCUGGACGUCACGAGCUGGAAGGGCAUCCAGUUCGCCGCCCCUCCCGUUGGCGAGCUUCGUUUCGCUGCCCCAGCCGACCCGCUCCAGACAGGCACGGUCAACGCAUCAGCCCACGGUCCCAUCUGCCCCCCACAGCGGCCGGGGGACUGGACGGUCACCGGUACCUAUGAUCGCUUCAAGGUCGACGAGGACUGCCUGUACUUGGCCGUGACAGCGCCCUCCCAGGCCUCGAAGGACUCGAAGCUGCCCGUCGUCUUCUUUCUCCAGGGUGGCGGCUUCACCUCCAACUCCAACGCCAACUGGGACGCCAGCGAGAUUGCAGCUGACGGCAAUGUCGUCGUCGUGCAGAUCAACUACCGCGUCGGCAUGUACGGCUUUCUCCAUAGCAAGGAAGCCCUCGCGGGCGGCUCGCUCAAUGCUGGUAUCAAGGACAUGUUGAAGGCCCUGGAAUGGGUGCAGAAGAACAUCCACAACUUUGGUGGCAACCCCGACCAAGUCGUCCUCGACGGUAUAAGUGCCGGUGGUUCAGCCGUUGGUCUGCUCAUUGCCGCGAACACGGGAAGCGAGAAGAAGCCUUUCGUCGGAGGCAUCGUCGAGUCAGGCGGCUGGGUCACGAUGCGGACGAUGGAGCAAGGACAGGGGCAAUACGAUUGUCUCGCCAGGGAGAAGGGCUGCGCCGACUCGGCCGACUCGCUCUCCUGUCUGCGCGCCCUGAACCAGUCAGCUGUUCGGUCGUCCAACUGCUGGUUCAGCCCCAGUAUCGACGACGACCUUUUCUCCGACAGCUUGGUGAACCUCUACCGCGCGGGCAAGUACACCAAGCUCCCGACCAUCUGGGGCACUUGCGCCAACGAGGGUACCAGGACGGCGCCGCAGUCGACCAAUUCGACGGAGCAGGCCCUCGCCUUCAUCAAGCGCCAAGAUCCCUCGCUGUCGGACAACUCGCUCGCCAUCAUCGACGACCUCUUUAUUGAUGUCCCGCAGCCCGUCUUCCCGAGCUCGGGCGCCAAGUGGCGCCAAGCCGCCAACGCCAUCGGUCACAUGGGCAACCACUGCAUCGUCCGCAACGUCCAGAACUACCUUGCGCGUGACGAGGCCACGACUUGGAACUACAAGUACGCUGUCCUCGACCCCAAGGAUGAGGCCGACGGCUUCGGCGCCUACCACGUCGUCAACACGUAUGCCUUCUGGGGUCCCAGCCGCACCGACGGUGGCCCGCCUGCCUCGUACGCAACCACCAACGCGCCCAUCGUCUCGCAGUUCAGGAAGUACUGGAUCUCGUUCGUGCGCAACCUCGACCCCAACAGCGAUCGCGAGGAGGGUGCCGCUGAGUGGGCCCCCUUUACGGUCGAGGGGCGCGAGAGGCUUUUCGUCCAGACAAACAACACGCACAUGGAGAAGAUGAGUUCGGCGCAAAACCUGAGGUGUGAUGUUGUGAGGCCUGUCUCGGAGAACCUGGGCAAGCCGGUCAACAGUGGCGUUGUGACGACUCUGGAUGAAAAGCUGGCAGCUGGUAUGGACGACACGAGCGAGGAUACCACUUUGUCCUGA